AUGGAGAUAUCCUGCCUCACGAGCAUCCUGCUGAGGGGCCAAGAUGGAGAUAUCCUGCUUCACGAGCAUCCUACUGAGGCCCAAGAUGGAGAUAUCCUACUUCACGAGCAUCCUGCUGAGGGGCAAGAUGGAGAUAUCCUGCUUCACGAGCAUCCUGCUGAGGGGCAAGAUGGAGAUAUCCUACUUCACGAGCAUCCUACUGAGGGCCAAGAUGGAGAUAUCCUGCCUCACGAGCAUCCUACUGAGGGCCAAGAUGGAGAUAUGCUGCCACACGAGCAUCCUACUGAGGGCCAAGAUGGAGAUAUUCUGCCUCACGAGCAUCCUACUGAGGGCCAAGAUGUAGAUAUCCUGCCACACGAGCAUCCUACUGAGGGCCAAGAUGGAGAUAUGCUGCCACACGAGCAUCCUACUGAGGGCCAAGAUGGAGAUAUCCUUCCUCACGAGCAUCCUACUGAGGGCCAAGAUGGAGAUAUCCUGCCUCACGAGCAUCCUACUGAGGGCCAAGAUGGAGAUAUCCUGCCUCACGAGCAUCCUACUGAGGGCCAAGAUGGAGAUAUGCUGCCACACGAGCAUCCUACUGAGGGCCAAGAUGGAGAUAUCCUGCCACACGAGGAUCCUACUGAGGGCCAAGAUGGAGAUAUCCUGCCACACGAGCAUCCUACUGAGGGCCAAGAUGGAGAUAUCCUGCCUCACGAGCAUCCUGCUGCUCAGCCUUCACACUCUCAACUUGAUGGAAAUCAGUCAAACGCUCACGUUAAGCGGCAGUUCUUAUGUUUUAUGACCCGUGGCUUGUGUUGCUCCUGUGACCUGAAGUUGUCACUAGUUGUCAAGUUGUUGGAAGAUCAUCAACAACGGAAGAUCAUCAACAGCGGAAGAUCAUCAACACAGGAAGAUCAUCAACAGCGGAAGAUCAUCAACAGCGGAAGAUCAUCAACACCGGAAGAUCAUCAACAGCGGAAGAUCAACAACACCGGAAGAUCAUCAACAGCGGAAGAUCAACAACACCGGAAGAUCAUCAACAGCGGAAGAUUAUCAACACCGGAAGAUCAUCAACACCGGAAGAUCAUCAACAGCGGAAGAUCAACAACACCGGAAGAUCAUCAACAGCGGAAGAUCAUCAGCAGCGGAAGAUCAACAACAGCGGAAGAUCAUCAGCAGCGGAAGAUCAUCAACACCGGAAGAUCAUCAGCAGCGGAAGAUCAACAACAGCGGAAGAUCAUCAACACCGGAAGAUCAUCAGCAGCGAAAGAUCAACAACACCGGAAGAUCAUCAACAGCGGAAGAUCAUCAACACCGGAAGAUCAACAACAGCGGAAGAUCAUCAACACCGGAAGAUCAUCAACAGCGGAAGAUCAACAACACCGGAAGAUCAUCAACAGCGGAAGAUCAUCAGCAGCGGAAGAUCAUCAACACCGGAAGAUCAUCAGCAGCGGAAGAUCAACAACAGCGGAAGAUCAUCAACACCGGAAGAUCAUCAACAGCGGAAGAUCAACAACACCGGAAGAUCAUCAACAGCGGAAGAUCAUCAACACCGGAAGAUCAACAACAGCGGAAGAUCAUCAACACCGGAAGAUCAUCAACAGCGGAAGAUCAACAACACCGGAAGAUCAUCAACAGCGGAAGAUCAUCAGCAGCGGAAGAUCAUCAACACCGGAUGAUCAUCAGCAGCGGAAGAUCAACAACAGCGGAAGAUCAUCAACACCGGAAGAUCAUCAGCAGCGAAAGAUCAACAACACCGGAAGAUCAUCAACAGCGGAAGAUCAUCAACACCGGAAGAUCAACAACAGCGGAAGAUCAUCAACACCGGAAGAUCAUCAACAGCGGAAGAUCAACAACACCGGAAGAUCAUCAACAGCGGAAGAUCAUCAGCAGCGGAAGAUCAACAACAGCGGAAGAUCAUCAACAGCGGAAGAUCAACAACAGCGGAAGAUCAUCAACACCGGAAGAUCAUCAACAGCGAAAGAUCAACAACACCGGAAGAUCAUCAACAGCGGAAGAUCAUCAACACCGGAAGAUCAACAACAGCGGAAGAUCAUCAACACCGGAAGAUCAUCAACAGCGGAAGAUCAACAACACCGGAAGAUCAUCAACAGCGGAAGAUCAUCAGCAGCGGAAGAUCAUCAACACCGGAAGAUCAUCAGCAGCGGAAGAUCAACAACAGCGGAAGAUCAUCAACACCGGAAGAUCAUCAGCAGCGAAAGAUCAACAACACCGGAAGAUCAUCAACAGCGGAAGAUCAUCAACACCGGAAGAUCAACAACAGCGGAAGAUCAUCAACACCGGAAGAUCAUCAACAGCGGAAGAUCAACAACACCGGAAGAUCAUCAACAGCGGAAGAUCAUCAGCAGCGGAAGAUCAACAACAGCGGAAGAUCAUCAACAGCGGAAAAUCAACAACGCCGGAAGAUCAUCAGCAGCGGAAGAUCAACAACAGCGGAAGAUCAUCAGCAGCGGAAGAUCAACAACACCGGAAGAUCAUCAGCAGCGGAAGAUCAACAACACCGGAAGGUCAUCAGCAGCGGAAGAUCAACAACAGCGGAAGAUCAUCAACAGCGGAAGAUCAACAACACCGGAAGAUCAUCAGCAGCGGAAGAUCAACAACAGCGGAAGAUCAUCAGCAGCGGAAGAUCAACACCGGAAGAUCAUCAGCAGCGGAAGAUCAACAACAGCGGAAGAUCAUCAACACCGGAAGAUCAUCAACAGCGGAAGAUUAACAACACCGGAAGAUCAACAACACCGGAAGAUCAUCAACAGCGGAAGAUCAUCAACAGCGGAAGAUCAUCAACAGCGGAAGAUCAUCAACAGCGGAAGACGGCGUUGA